AUGUGGAUGAUGGGUUGCACUGAUGGUAGUAAUGGAUUCAACAUGUCUGACUCCUUAAACGGCAGGAGACUUCGUCCUCUCAUGCCAAGGCCUUCUUCUAAUACUACUCAUCCAUGCCUUAAUCAUAUCCAUGGCUCUGAUCUCUUACCAUAUUUAGCAUCCAUUACAGAGCAAAGCAAGCGAGAGUUAAUAACACAACCUGCGGUUAGCACACGAUGGAACCCCACACCUGAGCAGUUAAGGGCCUUAGAGGAGUUGUAUCGACGUGGUACUCGCACACCCACAGCUGAGCAAAUCCAGCAAAUCACUGCACAGCUUCGUCGAUUUGGUAAAAUUGAAGGCAAGAAUGUAUUCUACUGGUUUCAAAAUCAUAAGGCUAGAGAACGACAGAAACGUCGUCGUCGUUUGGAAUCUGCCUCUGCUAUUGAUCAGCAACAAGAACAACACGACAUUGAAAGCUUGGAAAAGAAAGAUUCAGGAUCAGGCUUUGAAGUAGAACAGAACAGGAACUGGGUUCUCCCUACAAACUGCAGUACAUUUGCAGAGGAAUCUGUUUCAAUGCAAAGAGCAGCCGUAGCAGAAAGUAGAGCAGAUGUAUGGAUUCAGUUUGAGGAGGGAGAAUUACAGCAGAGGCCAAGCUCUGCAGAAACCCAUGCCACGUGGCAGAUGAUGCAUUUAUCUUGUUCUCCUCCUCCUACCCAUCUCACAAACACCAUAACCAGAUCUUAUACAGAACCAAUAACAACAAUAAACCCACAUCUCAUAACCAAAGAGAGUCUUCAGGAAGACAAUGAGGAAUGUGGAGAUUCUAACACGCUUCAGCUCUUCCCUUGUGGUGAUGAUGCAAAGAAGGAGACCAAGCUGAGUAUUCAAUCAAUGAAUAGAGACUUCACUCCAUACCAGUUUUUUGAGUUCCUUCCUAUGAAGAACUGAAGGAGAAUAACUGAGUAGCUUACCCAUUUGUCAUAAUGUAUGUGAGAA